AUGCCUUCCAUGACCCUACAGUCGCUACUGAUCGCAGGCGUAUGCCUUGCAUCCACCGCUUCCGCUCAAAUUGAUCCUCAACUCGUUGGUACAUGGUCGACAAAAUCUGCGAAGGUUCUCACGGGGCCGGGCUUUUACAAUCCAGUGAACGAUAGUUUUAUCGAGCCGAGCCAUACUGGGAUAUCGUACUCCUUUACAGCAGAUGGAUUUUACGAGGAGGCAUACUACAGAGCUGUUUCAAAUCCUUCCGAUCCUAAAUGUCCUUCUGGAGUCAUGCAGUUCCAACAUGGAACCGUUGUGAUGAAUCCAGAUCUCUCCUUAGCUUUCACUCCUUUUGCAGUGGACGGAAGACAACUACUUUCAGAUAGAUGCAAAUCUGAAUCGCAUGCCACAUACACCAGAUACAACCAAACGGAACUUAUGUCGAAAUGGCAAGUCUACAUUGACCCAUACACAAAAUUGACUCGUCUCGAUCUUUAUCAAUUCGACGGAACUCCAAUGAACCCCAUGUUCCUCGCCUACAGACCACCACAAAUGCUCCCAACAGUCACCAUGAACCCAACAGCCACAGCGACAGGUGGGAAAGUAAAGAGAACCGCAGGAGCCGAACCACGAGGAGAAGAACUCGCGAUCCCCUUGAACGCGAACGCAAAGCACAUCAAACGAACCCUCGACGGCGAAAACCUCGAAAAACGCUCCCUCCUCCACCGAAUCGAUGCCAGUAUGGUCUGGUGGGCUGGCGUAGGAAUGGUUAUCUUCGGCGGAACUGCCUACAUGUUAUAG